GGUACGACUGCUCUUUACUUUAUUUCCUUGGCGAAUGUUUAGUAUCAUAAUAAAAUAGUGUCUGUGCGUAGUUUAUUAUCUUAUAACUUAGCUACUUCUUUGUUUCACUUGUCCUUCUUUGGUGCUGUAUCACAUACGUAUAUGCUUGAUUUUAUUAUUUCAACUUUUGAACACAAAAAUUAUUUAUAUAUAAAUGUAAUUGCAACUUGCCACUAACUGUAUCAUUUUAAAAAUUUAUUUGUUUUUUCUUUUUCCAGAAGUACUAAAAAAUGACAUGUUCAUGUCCAUCUGUCAAAGGCCAUUUAACAAAUAAAAGCACAGCCUUUUCUCCGUCUGGUGCUAAAUAUGGAACUCAGUCUCUUAUUCAUAAUCACAUGAUGGCACAUUAUCAGAAAAUAGACCGUGCAAAGUCUGUAAUUGAUAACAAACCUCCAAAGUCAAUGAAAAAUUUCAUCAAAGCUCACACAAAAACAGUGCAAUUUCAAAAGAACAAAUCUAUGAGUCGUGCCAGCUCACUGAUGCCCCAAUUACUAACAGAGGUGAACUUUGACCAAUCAAGCUUUGAUGUUGAUCGACCACAUACAGCACCGCCUGGCAAUAGGAUGCAAAGUAGUGAAAUAGAAACGUCUCUUAAACCUUUUAAAAAGUUGAACAGUUCAUUAGAAACCUUGUCAUUUAAAGAUCACCUGCGAAAUGAAUCAUCACAGUUACAUUCACUCACAAAUUCAGAUUUUAGUCAAUCUUUUAGUACAAAGAGAUCUACUUCUUAUAGAACCCCGUUGAAAAUGGAACUUUAUAAGUCGGCUACACCACGAUACAAAAUUGAAAUGUAUUCACCUGACUCUGGACCUCCUCAUAUUAAUGGUUCUGUUUUCAAUAUGACAAGACCAAAUUGGAAAAGCACAACAAGUUUAUCUCCUGAAAAAACCCUUAGUCAUAGCAAACAUGACUUAAGUUUUCCUGAAACUCCUUUAAAAUCUAAUUUUGGUGCCAGUUUUGACAAACUAUUGUUAAAAAAAGAUGCUGGUGCACAGAGAGCUCAAUAUGCAGUUCUGCGGACUCAAGAGGAAAUGAUUGCUGAAGAACAAGCAUAUUUAAAAUUUGUUGAGGAAGUAACUAACGAUGUGAUAGCAAGAGGAAUUUUUAGUGAUAGAGUUUUGAACCAAGUUUUUGAAAGUCAUAUUGAACGAAAGAAAAACAGUCUGGACGAGGAACGUAUGAGAUAUCUUAUUGCAGAGUUGAAAGAAGAUUUAAACAUCCAAGAUGAUGGAAUAAAUUUAAACGAAACAAUAUAGUUAUUGUGUUAUCAAAA